GGAUUAUUUGUGUUUUUCUUGUGCGUGUGCUUGAAAAAAAAACGUAAACAGUGCACAUCUGUUUCGAAGUUUUUCUACCAAAAAGUGUUAGUUUUAAUAUUUAUUCAUCUAAUUAAGGAUUCUGAAUCAUCUUGAUGGUAGCAUGAAGCUGAACGAACAUCUGCAGAUCAUCGGCACUAACGUUAUACUGGUACCGUACGAGAGUAAGCAUGUUGAGAAAUAUCACCAGUGGAUGAAGAGCGAAGAGCUGCAGGAGCUAACCGCAUCCGAACCACUCACCCUGGAGGAGGAGUACCAAAUGCAGGCGAGCUGGCGUAAUGAUGAGGACAAAUGCACCUUUCUCAUUCUCGAUCGUCAGCGGUACGAAGAUACAAAGGACGAAAUCGGCGCACUGGUCGGCGACACGAACAUCUUCAUCCAAUCCCAGCCCGAAGCAGAGGACGAUCAGUCACAGACCGAUCGGUUGGCGGGUGAAAUUGAAAUUAUGAUCGCCGAACCGACGGCACGGGGGAAACGGUACGGCUGGGAAGCUACACUGCUGAUGCUACUGUUCGGGGUGGAACGGUUGCAGCUGCAGCACUACCUAGCGAUCACAAAGGACACAAACGCGAAAGCGAUGCGCAUGUUCGAGCGGAUGCAAUUUCGAGAAACCAAGCGUACUGCCAUCUUUCACGAGGUUAGCUUCGAAAGACCUGUACAGGAUGAUUGGAUAAGUUGGAUGAAAGAUCAGGCAGGAUCGUACACGAUCGUACCCUAUGCGGGCUAGGGACAGAAGUACUGUUUCACGUUUCGGUUGAAACAUGUUUCCAACUUACACGGCCAUUGUUUGCUUGGUAGCAAAAGAGUUGUUGUUUUAUUCUUGUUACGCACGGUCGUCCGUCUCUCGACAUCUCUUCGGUCUGUUGCUUUUACACGACCGUCUUCUGCACAGAAUAGUGCAUCAUCCUGUACUACGGAUUUGUUCUAAUAUUUAGCUAUUUUUGGCAAAUUAUUGUAGUUCCUUUUCGUUACCGUUUGUCGUUCCUACAUGCCGCCACUUUCGAAAUAUAACU